UGGAGUUGGGGUGACGGAGGAAAUCCAUCCGCGCCGCCGCCGCCGCCGCCGCCGCCGCCUCCGCCGCGGAGGAAGACAGGACCUCCCGCGCUCCUCCAGCCACCCCCUUGGCAGAGUCCCAUCGCCACAGGCCUCGGGCCAGCGGCCAGGAGCUGCCUCCCCCAGCCCCCGUCCCGCGGCCCCCAGCCGCCCCCAACCCCGCUCCACGGGCCCGGCGCCAUGAGUGAGCUGGAGCAACUGAGACAGGAGGCCGAGCAGCUCCGGAACCAGAUCCGGGACGCCAGAAAAGCAUGCGGGGAUUCAACACUGACCCAGAUCACAGCUGGGCUGGACCCAGUGGGGAGAAUCCAGAUGAGGACCAGGAGGACCCUCCGUGGACACCUGGCAAAAAUCUACGCCAUGCACUGGGGGACAGACUCAAGGCUGCUGGUCAGCGCCUCCCAGGACGGGAAGCUCAUCAUCUGGGACAGCUACACCACCAACAAGGUCCAUGCCAUCCCAUUGCGCUCCUCCUGGGUCAUGACCUGUGCCUAUGCGCCCUCAGGGAACUUCGUGGCCUGUGGGGGUUUGGACAACAUCUGUUCCAUCUACAGCCUCAAGACCCGAGAGGGCAAUGUCAGGGUCAGCCGGGAGCUGCCUGGCCACACUGGGUACCUGUCAUGUUGCCGCUUCCUGGAUGACAACCAGAUCAUAACCAGCUCUGGGGAUACCACCUGUGCCCUGUGGGACAUUGAGACAGGCCAGCAGACUGUGGGUUUUGCUGGACACAGUGGGGAUGUGAUGUCCCUGUCACUGGCUCCCGAUGGGCGCACCUUUGUAUCAGGUGCCUGUGACGCCUCCAUCAAGCUGUGGGAUGUGCGAGAUUCCAUGUGCAGGCAGACCUUCAUCGGUCAUGAAUCUGACAUCAACGCAGUGGCUUUUUUCCCCAACGGCUAUGCCUUCACCACGGGCUCAGACGAUGCCACGUGCCGCCUGUUUGACCUGCGGGCUGAUCAGGAGCUGCUCAUGUAUUCCCACGACAACAUCAUCUGUGGCAUCACCUCGGUUGCCUUCUCACGCAGUGGCCGGCUGCUGCUGGCGGGUUAUGACGAUUUCAACUGCAACAUCUGGGAUGCGAUGAAGGGUGACCGUGCAGGUGUCCUUGCUGGCCACGACAACCGCGUGAGCUGCCUUGGGGUCACCGACGAUGGCAUGGCUGUGGCCACAGGCUCCUGGGACUCCUUCCUCAAGAUCUGGAACUAACCUCCCCAACCCCAGCUGGGCCCAGGCGGGAAGCAGCCCUGCCCAUGCCCACACUACAGACCGGGAGCUCUGGCUGGGCCCUUGCCAAGCCUCUCCUUGGGCCACAGGGCCUUGGGUCCUGCUCCCCCACCCAGGUUUGGUUCCUCCAGGGGGGGGGCCCCCACUGUGGAGAUAAAGAUGGGGAUGGAAUGGGGGAAGAGGAGGGGCAGGAAAGCCCUUAUCCUUUGCUGCCCUGGGGCUGGGGCCUCACCCCUCUGGAGGGCCAGAGGCAGGAGGAAAAUCCAGGGGCUGGCUUUUUUAAACUGGUUUUAUUUUAAUUUUUAUUAUAUUUUCAGUUUUUCCAUAAAGGAACCAAUUCCAACUCUG